AUAUUUAGAUUUAAGGUCUAUAACUCUUAGUUAGGUCACUUAAUCUUUAGAUAUACAGUAUGUCUAAUGUAUUUUAGUUAGAUUUAUUUAUGGCCCAAAUAAGUGUAGCCGGAAGAGUGGUCAUAGUCAGUCAACUUUGGCCACUUCACUUUGUCUAAUUUCCUCUUUAUAUAAUCUUUGUUUUCCACCGAUUAAUUGCAUUGCAUUAUAUGUGGAUGCAUACAUAUAAUUCAUAGUUUUGAUUCACCAUCAUCUCAAUUAUUUUAGUACGUUAUAUAUCUAAGUUUUUGAUCGGCAACACCAGCUUGUUAACCAUGGCUGGCGGAGGUUUCAUCACCAGCGCCAGCAGCAACAAUUUUGAGGCAAAAAUAACUCCAAUAGUUAUAAUUUCAUGUAUCAUGGCUGCCACUGGUGGUCUCAUGUUCGGUUACGACGUUGGUGUUUCGGGUGGUGUAACAGCUAUGCCACCAUUCUUGAAGAAGUUCUUCCCAGCAGUAUACAGAAAGACAGUGCUAGAAAAAGGAUUAGAUAGUAAUUACUGCAAAUACAACAAUCAAGGAUUACAAUUAUUUACAUCGUCCUUAUAUCUAGCUGGUUUAACAGCCACUUUCUUCGCAUCCUAUACCACUCGAGUGUUGGGGAGAAGACUAACGAUGUUGAUAGCUGGUUUUUUCUUCAUUGGUGGAGUUAUCUUCAAUGCUGCUGCUCAAAACCUUGCCAUGCUUAUAGUUGGAAGAAUCUUACUUGGUUUUGGAGUUGGUUUUGCUAACCAGGCCGUGCCAGUGUUUCUUUCUGAAAUUGCUCCUUCAAGAAUUCGCGGAGCUUUGAAUAUUCUUUUCUCACUUAAUGUCACUAUUGGCAUUUUGUUUGCUAACCUUGUCAAUUAUGGAACCAGCAAAAUCAAAGGUGGAUGGGGUUGGAGGCUAUCUCUAGGAUUGGCUGGUAUCCCAGCACUUCUCCUAACAAUUGGUGCCAUCUUAGUUGUGGACACUCCCAACAGUCUCAUUGAACGUGGCCGCACGGAAGAAGGAAAAGCCGUACUCAAAAAGAUUCGUGGUACCGAUAACGUUGAGCCUGAGUUCUUGGAGCUUGUUGAGGCCAGUCGCAUAGCUCAAGAGGUUAAACACCCUUUUAGAAACCUACGCAAACGCAAAAACCGGCCUCAACUUGUCAUUUCGGUUGCCUUGCAAAUAUUCCAGCAAUUCACAGGCAUCAAUGCGAUCAUGUUUUAUGCGCCAGUUUUAUUCAACACAUUGGGAUUCAAGAAUGAUGCUUCGCUCUAUUCCGCUGUGAUAACGGGAGCUGUGAAUGUCCUCUCCACAAUUGUAUCAAUCUACUCAGUGGAUAAAGUUGGUCGUCGCGUGUUGUUAUUGGAAGCCGGUGUGCAAAUGUUUUUGUCUCAAGUCGUAAUAGCUAUCAUUUUGGGGUUCAAGGUUGCUGAUCAUUCGGAUAACCUUUCAAAAGGUUACGCAAUUUUCGUAGUUAUCUUGGUUUGCACUUUCGUGUCUGCUUUUGCUUGGUCUAUAGGUCCUCUUGGAUGGCUUAUUUCAAGUGAGAUAUUUCCAUUGGAGACUCGUUCGGCCGGACAAAGUGUCACUGUUUGUGUCAAUUUGCUCUUCACCUUUGUCAUUGCACAAGCUUUUCUAUCCAUGUUGUGUCAUUUCAAGUUUGGCAUCUUCUUGUUCUUCUCUGGAUGGGUUUUCAUCAUGUCAAUCUUUGUGUUUUUCUUGGUGCCGGAGACGAAGAACAUACCGAUUGAAGAGAUGAUUGAGAGAGUAUGGAAGCAACAUUGGUUCUGGAGGAGGUUUGUUGAAGAUGAGUAUGACAAUGAGAAAGUUAAUGCUGAUUAUCAGUUGUAAAUUGUUGGAAUCAAUCCCUGGCAAUUGUAUUUGCAGCUUAUAUAGGUCAUAAUGUGUGGUUUGUGUUCCAUAUUUUGUAGUUUUACUUUCCAUAUUUGCUUUUAUUCCUGCUAUAACAAGGGAAUUAUGAGUCUUCAACAAACUACACUUUGCAAGUGAAGAUUAUAGAAUAAACUAACUGCAAGUUCCCUCUAAAAAAA